AUGCUUCUACAACAGAACUGGGUUUCUCCUCAUUGGGCAUGGCAGAGCCUGGGGAAGUCCUUCCUUUUGUUUGUUUUCUUAAUGUUACAAACAGCUGAUUUGGAAGCCAGGAGAGGUCAUCAUUUUGUCUGGAAAACAGGUCACUGGGGCCGGUGUGUGGGCGACUGCGGCUCGGGGGGCGUUCGGAGUCGGGCCGUCUGGUGCACCCACGCGGAGGGCUGGACAACGUACCACGCAAACUGCGACCAGAAGGACAAACCCGAAAGCCAGAGGAGGUGCUUUAAAGUCUGCGACUGGCACCUGGAGCUGUUCGAGUGGGAGGUUUCGGGAUGGGACAGGUGUGGGCUCGUCCCCUUUGCUGGGGGUGAGGUGGGAGCCGGGGCUUGUAUCACCGCACAGCACGGGCUGCAGCGCCGGAGCAUCCGCUGCCUCCAGAAGCUGAACAGAACCGCUGUCGCCAACGAAAUAUGUGAGUAUUUCACGCCACAGCCGCCCGCUGAGCAAGCCUGCCUGGUGCCCUGCCCGCGGGACUGCGUCGUGUCCGAGUUCUCCAGCUGGUCCGAGUGCGGCACGGGCUGCGCCAAGAGCUUGCAGCACCGGACACGGGUGGUCAUCGCUCCUCCUCUCUACGGGGGUGCCCCGUGCCCGAAUCUGACCGAAUCCAGAGCCUGCGGUGCUCCCGCCUGUCCCCUCGGGGAGGAGGAGCACACCUACAGCCUCCGAGUGGGGUCUUGGGGCGAAUGCCGGCUGCCCCAUCCGAAAGACGUCAGCCUGGCAGGGAGGACUAUGCCGGAUUUUGGUUUGGACUCUGGAGAGCGAAGCACGUCCGGACUUCACGGCUACAAAUCCCACCACCGUCCCGGGGAGGUGGAGAUCGGUUACCAAACCAGGCAGGUCAGGUGCGUGAGGAGCGACGGAAAAUCUGCAGUGCUGAGCCUCUGUGUGCAAGAUCCCGUCCCUUUGACCUUCAAGUCCUGUGUCGUCGCUAGAGACUGCGAAACAUCCGAGUGGUCUUCAUGGAGCGCCUGCUCGCGGACCUGCGGCUGGGGAGAUCUCUCCCCGGGCUUUCGGAGCCGGCACCGCAGCGUGCGGAGCGUGGCGGUGGGCGCCGGGAAGCAAUGCCCGGAGCUGGAAGAGAGGGAAGCGUGCAGCGUGGGAGGGAAGGAGCUGCUGCAGCCUUGCCCCAGGUUUGCCUGGAGGACUUCUGAAUGGAAAGCUUGCCAGGUGUCUCUCCUCUUUGACCAGCAGGACCCUCGCCAUCACAAUCACGUAGGCCUUUGUGGAGGUGGCAUACAAACCCGGGAGGUCUACUGCGUCCAAAUCUCCAUAGAACUUGGGAUGCACCGAAAGAAGGAAGUUACUAGACCAGUUGAUGGGAAGCUGUGCCUGGGUCCUGCUCCCUCCGCCUCCCAGCUGUGUAACCUUCCGUGCCCGUCGGAGUGCGUGGUAUCUGCCUGGGCGGCGUGGGGCCCCUGCCUUCAUGAGAACUGCCAGGACCGCCAAGGAAGAAGAGGCUUUAGAAUGAGACAAAGACAAGUGAUUGUGGAUCCGGUAGGCGCCCUGGCAGGUUGUCCACAUUUAAUUGAAUCUAUUCUUUGUGAAGACCCGGUGUGUUACGAGUGGAUCGUUUCAGAAGGAAUAUGUGUGACUGACCAUGGAAAAUGUGGAGCUGGAAACCGCAUGCUGAAAGCUGUAUGCAAGAACAAGAAAGGUGAAGAAGUACCACAUCACCUCUGCUCAGAGUUUCCCCGUCCUGAGGUUGUGCCUUGUGAAAUCCCUUGUGCAACGGACUGUGUCAUCAGCGAGUGGUCCCCGUGGUCCCCGUGUUCCCACUCAUGCUCCAGUAAAAACGCUGAGGGCAGUCAAAGCAGGAGCAGGUCCAUCUUGGCCCUUCCAGCCGAGGGUGGAAAAGCCUGUCCUCCUGACCGAGCCCUGCAGGAGCACCGUGCCUGUAAUGAUCACCCAUGCGUGCAUUUCUUCUGGGAAACUUCUCCCUGGAGUUCCUGCUCUGAAGCCGCGCUGGUAACUGCGCUCAAUGCAACUGCUCAUUGGAGCGGAGAAGCCACGUGUGGAGUGGGCAUACAGACGAGGAAUGUCUUCUGCAGGAAGAGCAGUUCUGGCCAGGUCACGCCUAAAAGGUGCCCAGAGUCCAUCAGACCUGAGACUGUUCGGCCAUGUCUCCUCCUCUGCAAGAAAGACUGCAUUGUUACGGCGUUCAGUGAGUGGACUCGCUGCCCAACAGCAUGUCAGCCUGGCAAUGCCACCGCAGUUAAGCAGUCCCGGUAUAGGAUUAUUGUUCAGGAUGCUGCCAAUGGGGGACAAGCAUGCCCGGACACCUUGUAUGAGGAAAGAGAAUGUGAAGAUAUUCCCAUCUGUCCAGUGUACAGGUGGAAGACCCACCGAUGGAGUCACUGUGUGCUGGUGCCGGAUUCGGUGAGACAGGGUGUGCCGGGACACAGUGAGGCGUGUGGCCACGGUUUGCAGUCAAGGGCCGUUACGUGCCUGUCGGAGCAGGACGACGCUGCCGAUGUUGGUGACUGCAUGCGGUGGGCAGGAGCUAUGCCGCCUCUUGUACAGGAGUGCCUCGUCCCCUGCAAGGAUGACUGCACGUUUACCCCCUGGUCUAAAUUUACAGCAUGCUCAUUUGACUGUGAAUCAACUAGAAGUAGGAGACGAUCACUUACAGGGCGAAGCAGAAAGCGAGACAAAUGCCAGAAUACAGAAGUUUAUCCUCAAGUUGAAACAGAGCCGUGCCCCUGCGAGGUGUUUACCUCCCAGCCCCACGGAAAUUGGUCCGACUGCAUUAUCGGAGGAGGUACAUCUGAGCCGCAUUUGGGAGCACGAUCCCAUGGAGAUGCCAAGGAGUGUGGCCAGGGUGUACGACUGCGAGCUAUUGCCUGUUACGAUAAGACCGGCAGACUUGUGGAACCAUCUCGCUGUAGCAGUUCGGGUUACAUUGAAGAAUCUUGCACGGUCCCUUGCCCGUUUGAUUGCAAAUUAAGCGAUUGGUCCAGUUGGUCCCCUUGCAGCUCUUCUUGUGGACCGGGGGUGAAAGUCCGAUCCAAGUGGCUUAAGGAGAAGCCUUACAAUGGAGGUCGUCCCUGCCCAAAGCUGGAUCUCAAGAAUCAGGUGUACGAGGCGGUCCCAUGCUACACCGAGUGCAAUCAGUAUUCUUGGGUAGUAGAGCCGUGGUCUCCGUGCAAAAUCAACAGCAAACAAAAUUCCCUCCACUGUGGAGAAGGAAUACAAACGAGGAAAGUCAGGUGUGUGAGUGCUGCUGAGGACCACGGAGGGGAGGCUGUGCCCAACGCGCUGUGCAACCAGGCUGAAAUCCCAGAGACAAUGCAGAAGUGUAGCUUGUACUGCCCCAGUGAGUGUGCAGUGUCUGACUGGGGACAGUGGAGCAAGUGUCCGCAGGUGUGUGAUCCGAAUAUUAUGCAAACCCGAACUCGACAAGUGCUAAGGUCUUCUGUCAAUGCAAAGCCCUGCCCUGAAGACUCACAAAUGAAGCCAUGUAUUCUUAACCAAAAUUGCUUCCAGUAUCAAUACAAUCUAACAGGCUGGAGUGGGUGCCAGCUGGGUGCCAAUGCCGCCUGUGGGCAGGGAGAGCGGCGGCGUCUCCUGAGCUGCCAGCGCAGUGACGGGGCCAUCGUCAGCAUGCAGCAAUGCCAGCGGCUUCGCCUGGAGAAGCCCCUGCAGACGAGCAGUCGGUGCGUGGUGGGGUGCGCGGUGGACUGCCGGCUCUCGGCGUGGUCAGCCUGGUCGCAGUGCUCCCACACGUGUGGCGCCGGCGGCCAGAUGGUGCGUGGGCGCUCGGUGGUCCUGCGGGCAGUGGGCGAGGGCAGACCCUGCCCCGAGCAGCUCACCCAGCACAGGAGCUGCCCGGUGAAGCCCUGCUACAGCUGGCUGCUGGGCCCGUGGUCUCCCUGCAGGGUCCAGGGUGGACAGUGCGGAGAGGGAUUGCAGGUCCGCAACCUCACAUGUGUAGUGCACGAUUCAUCUGUUUCUGUUACAUCCAAACCAGUAGAAAAUGCAUUGUGUGGUGAGCUGCCCUUGAAAGAGAGCAUCCUGCAGUUACCGUGCUCUGUGCCUUGCCCAGGUGACUGCCACCUGACAGAGUGGUCAGAGUGGAGCUCCUGUGAGCUCACCUGCAUCAAUGGCAGGAGCUUCGAGACAACGGGGCGCCAGUCCCGAUCCAGGGCAUUUAUUGUUCAGUCUCCCGAGAACCAGGAGAGCUGCUCCGGACAAGCAAUGGAAACGCGACCUUGCUCAGGAGGGAAGUGCUAUGACUACCUGUGGAAAACCAGCCUUUGGCGAGACAAUGUACGCACAGUGUGGUGUCAGCGCUCAGAUGGAAUAAAUGUCACAGGAGGGUGUACUCUUCGGACGAAACCUGCAGACGUUCAGCACUGCAGCCCAGCGUGCAGAAAGCCAUUCUCCUACUGCACACAGAGAGGAGUCUGCGGUUGUGAGCGAGGAUAUACAGAAAUAAUGAGAUCAAAUGGCGUCCUGGAUUACUGCAUGAAGGUACCAGGUUUAGAAGAUAAGAAAGCUGAUGUUAAGACCAUUGCUGGAAAAAAUAAACCUGUCAACUCAAAAAUGCAUGACAUUUUCAAAGGAUGGUCUAUUCAACCUUUUAAUCCAGAUGGUAAACUGAAGAUGUGGGUAUACGGAGUAUCAGCUGGCGGGUUCCUCAUCAUAGUUUUCCUGAUUUUUACAUCCUACCUGAUGUGCAAAAGAACAAAGCAGCAUCAAAGCACUCCUCCGCAGCAGAAGCCUCUGACCUUAGCCUAUGAUGGAGACAUUGAUAUGUAA